AUGGCGGCGGAUGUAGGAACAACAAUCAGCUACCCAAAGAUCUUGCUGAAACACGUGUCGCUCGGUCUUCAACUUGGGGUGGCUGUGCUAAGGUUGGUGCCUCCCUCGGAACCUCCACCGUCGCAGCCUCCACCGUCUCGCCAUCGCCUUACCCGUCUGCCUUCAAACCAGCACAAGAUACUUCGACAAGUUUAUCUCCGUCUCUUGUGCCCCCUGCUGUCCUGCUUCCCCCCUCACCUCUUAGCAGUGAGGGGAGAUCCAUGGAGCACAAGACCCGCACAGUUCCAUGCUCAUCUCCUGUGCCUACCACCUCAACCCACCAGUCUGCUAUCUAUGCAGUUCGAAGAACCUGCUCCUGCCUCGUAUAGGCUCAACCCCCACCAACUGCGAAAUGUCAUUGCUGUCCACAAUUCAGCGGCCAGUGCGACGCCAGCAUCGCUACCACGGCCAACGCCUACCAUGGUCAACGCCCACCAUGACCAGGCACAGCUCGCCAGUGCCAACCUCGCCGGCAUGUCCAGCCACGGCUCAAUGUUCUCGUUGCCUGCGUCACCAUGA